UGCCCGGGCCUUCCGCGGCCCCAACCCCCGGCCGGCCCGGGGGCCUGGCGGUGACGGCGGCGCCUGGUAGCGGGGGAUUUGGAUGCUCGGCCGGCGGCUCCCCCCGCCCGCACCACCUCCGGGGGUUUGGCCGCCGGGACUUAUCUCGUUGCCUUCCCGGCAUGCCCCGCUCGCAGACGGCCGCCAGUCCCGCGCCCGGACUUUGCCAUCGCGGGGGGCCCGGCCGCGGGAGCGCCCCGCCUGCGUCCCGGAGCCGCAGCCUCAGCUUCAGCCCAUGCGGGGGAUUGACCGGGACUGAGGCAGCCACCUGGAAGCAUGGAGACCGUGGUGAUUGUUGCCAUAGGUGUGCUGGCCACCAUCUUUCUGGCCUCAUUUGCAGCCUUGGUGGUGGUUUGCAGGCAGCGCUACUGCCGGCCUCGAGAUCUCCUGCAGCGCUAUGAUUCCAAGCCCAUUGUGGACCUCAUCGGCGCCAUGGAGACCCAGUCUGAGCCCUCAGAGCUAGAACUGGACGAUGUCGUCAUCACCAACCCCCACAUCGAGGCCAUUCUGGAGAACGAAGACUGGAUUGAAGAUGCCUCGGGUCUCAUGUCCCACUGCAUUGCCAUCUUGAAGAUUUGUCACACUCUCACGGAAAAACUUGUUGCCAUGACAAUGGGCUCGGGGGCCAAGAUGAAGACCUCAGCCAGUGUCAGUGACAUCAUCGUGGUGGCCAAGCGGAUCAGCCCCAGCCAGGGCUGCUUUCCUUCCUUUUGCCACACCUUCUUCCUGGGCUCCGGACCAGCAAGCACAUUUCCCACUGGUGCCCACACCCGUGUGUGCAGUGACCUCCUGGCUGGCGUCUGUACUGUAGACCAGCUCCUCGUCUCUGUGCUGUCACCCCCGGCCCCAUCCAGGGCUCAGCCAGCAGCCUCCAGGACCGGGUGGGAGGUGAAGAGAUCAUUCAGAUCUCCCAAAUUCCAGGCUGUCUGCAGAAUACCGUGUGGGAGGCAAGCAGCAGGAUUGUAGUCAACAGCUCCACCCCCUCAUUUGGGCUCGAUCUGGUGAAGAAAAUAAAGCCCUUCUCUUAGAGGGAAGGGUGGUACUAAGUUGGUGCUGCCAUCUGGUGGCUGGCACGUGGAUGUGCCUGAGUUGGGAGUUUUUCCGAGUUGAGGAAGUUCCAGGGGUCCUCGCUUUCCACGUUGCCGUGGCCUCGGGUAGAUCACGAGGAACCAGCCCUUGGAGGGAACAUGAAAGAGUUGGUACACUUGAACUCUGCCCAGGGAGUUCAGUGAGUUGAGAACGUGGGAGGGAGAUAAUCCCGAGGAGUUCCUGGCUUUCUCUGGCGCUGCCCCGGGUGGGUGUGGCUACUUGAGUGGCAUCAGCCUAGGUCGGCCCUUGGCCUGAAGACCCCGACCCAGGCUCUGGGCAGGCAGGCACCAGACCUUCCUCUGGCCUCCCGUGAUUGGUAGAGGCUGCACUGCUCAUAUCUGCUGGACCUUCGUCAUGCUUCUUGUUACUUCUGAGAGCCAUCCCAGGGGCCAGACGAAUUCACGUGACCCCAGGUUACAAGGCAGCAUCGCCAGGAGGGCUCGGAGGAGCAAAGAGAUUGAGAUUUCUGAGUCCCAGUGAAGUCCUGGGUGGUCAGGAUUAGCAGUGGUGCUAGAGCCAGGGUGUGGCAUCGCUCAGAGGGCAGACCUCACCUGAUGCUCACUGGCCCGUCCUCCAGAGCACCUGGAUUGCUUCCAGAAUGAUCCCUGCCAUAAAUCAGUCAGGGGCCUUGCUUUCUCCUUUUGCCCUCACACUUUCUCCUUCUGGCGGUUUUUUGUCUCCACUGUUUUUCUUGCUCCAUUUAUUCCAUAUAGUGUGUUGACAGCAUGUUAGUUUCAAGAAGAGUGGCUUCAGCUGCAGGGCAGAGAAAGGGGCUGGCUAAGAUGGGCACUGAGUGACCACACCUCUGUACUUCCGCACCAGCCCCUCAGUCCCAAGACAGGGACUUUCAAGGGCAUCUGUUUUCAAGUGCCUUUGGGAAUCAAACAAUACAUCGUUAUUUUUUGCUUCUUGACUAUCAGGUGGUCCAAGAGCAAGGAUUUGGAUGAAAACCUUGAACCAUGUAAAUGAGAAUGAGUAGUAGCUCCUUCUAGAAUUUGAUUAAAAGAAAAUUAACCAUGAACUGUACCAUGUGCUAAAAGAAAUCCAGCGGAGUAAUUAGAACCCAAAUUAAACUUGGAGGUUUAGUGUUCUGUAUAACUACCUUUAACCAUUUAAAAUUAAACGUAACAGUAAUAAACACUUGUAAAAGUUACAACACUGCAGAAAUAGAGUAUCUGAAAGGUGAAGGACCCCCUAAUUCCACCCCAUCCUAAUUCCUGGAGGCAAUCACUGUUGACUGGUGAGUAUUCCUCCAGACUGCCCCUGCCCACUGCAUCUCACAGCUUUCGUUUAUUCAUUUUUCUGCAAAUGAGGUCAAUUAGACUUUACAUAUUGUUUGGCAAUAUGCUAUUUUAAUGUAGUAGUGUAUCUUUUUUUAAAAAAAUAAAUUUAUUUAUUUAUUUUUGACUGCAUUGGGUCUUCGUUGCUGUGCGCGGGAUUUCUCUAGUUGCGGCGAGCCGGGGUUACUCUUGGUUGUGGUGCGAGGGCUUCUCAUUGCAGUGGCUUCUCUUGUUGCAGAGCAUGGACUCUAGGUGUGCGGGCUUCAGUAGCUGUGGCACGCGGGCUCAGUAGUUGUGGCACAUGGGCUUAGUUGCUCUGCGACACAUGGGAUCUUCCCGGACCAGGGCUCGAACCCGUGUCCCCUGCAUUGGCAGGCGGAUUCUUAACCACUGUGCCACCAGGGAAGUCCAAAUGUUGUCGUAUAUCUUGAACAUCAUUCCAGAUGUGCGAACUUGUACUUUUUAGACCAUUGGAGCUUAAACAAAACCAGAAGAAAUAUUCUCUAAACUGAAUCUUAAGUCUUUCUGUUUAAGUCCCUGUCUGAGAAUGCAGUUAAAGUCCCUAAAGACUGGGUCUGGAAUAUCAAAAGAGAACCAUAGGGAUAAGGAAAGAAAGGAAGGAGGAAAGGCCAUAAGAAAAGCGAAAUACUGAAAACCUUUUGC